AUGAACUCCACCUGGGAUGGUAAUCAGAGCAGCCAUCCUUUCUGUCUUCUGGCACUGGGCUACUUGGAAACUGUCAGGUUCUGUCUUUUGGAGGUGCUGAUUAUUGUCUUUCUAACUGUAUUGAUUAUUUCUGGCAACAUCAUUGUGAUUUUUGUGUUUCACUGUGCACCUCUGUUGAACCAUCAUUCUACAAGUUAUUUUAUCCAGACAAUGGCAUAUGCUGACCUCUUGGUUGGGGUAAGCUGCCUGGUCCCUUCUUUAUCACUCGUCUACUACCCUCUUCCGAUGGAGGAGGCUGUGACUUGCCAAGUAUUUGGUUUCGUAGUGUCAGUUCUGAAGAGCAUCUCUAUGGCUUCUCUGGCCUGUAUCAGCAUUGAUAGAUAUAUUGCCAUCACUAAGCCUUUAACCUAUAAUACCCUGGUUACUCCCUGGAGACUACGCCUCUGUAUUUUUCUGAUUUGGCUGUAUUCCACCCUGGUCUUCCUGCCUUCCUUCUUCCACUGGGGUAAACCAGGAUAUCAUGGAGAUGUAUUUCAGUGGUGUGCAGAGUCCUGGCACACCAACUCCUACUUCACAUUGUUCAUCGUGAUGAUGCUGUAUGCCCCAGCUGCCCUCAUUGUCUGCUUCACGUAUUUCAACAUCUUCCGAAUCUGCCAGCAGCACACAAAAGAAAUCAGCGAAAGGCAAGCCCGAUUCAGCAACCAGAAUGGGGAAACUGGGGAAGCCCAGACCUGUCCAGAUAAGCGCUAUGCCAUGGUCCUAUUCAGAAUCACCAGUGUGUUUUAUGUCCUCUGGUUGCCGUACAUCAUCUACUUCUUGCUGGAGAGUUCUACUGGCUGCAGCAGCCGCCUUGCAUCCUUCCUGACUACCUGGCUUGCUAUUAGUAACAGUUUCUGCAACUGUAUCAUUUACAGUCUCUCCAACAGUGUUUUCCAACAAGGACUAAAGGGCCUUUCAGGGUCUGUGUGUACUUCUUGUGCAAGUCACACCACACCCAAGGACCCUUAA